UACAGGCGUGAGCCACUGUGCUGGCCUCUCCUAGCUAAUUUACAUUUUAAAUUUAAGUUGUCACACGUGGCUGUGGCCACCGUAUGGACAGUGUGGGUCUGGCUGCAUGUGUCAGGCUGUGUCACGUGUUAGGCUGUUGGCUGUGGCUGUCCUCACUGUGCACCUUUGCUUCUGCGGUCUCGUUUCCAGAACUUCUCUGCCUGUCAGAACCCCAUGACACACCCCCAUUAUAAAGCCUUCUCUGGCUUUCCUGCAUCCAUUAGGAAGGUAUGUGGAUGCCGCCGCGGCCAGCCCUCUGCAGUGUGUGCAUGGUGUCCCUCAGACUUGUGCCUGUAGCUGCCCUUGGCCUUCGCAAGGCUCCGCCGGUGUCCCAGCCCUACUGUGGCCAAGCCUGGGGCUUCCCUUGACUCCGUGUCUGCACCAGGUGUCCCAUUGCUGGCUCUGCCACAGAAACUCUCCAAAGGGCUCUCUCUACCCACUCCUGUGAGCUUUUUCUCCACCGGAAACUGUGUUAAGGUCACCUUUGACCUCAUCAUUGUUCUGCAGGUUACCAUUCCCCCUUUUUAAAAGAUUGUGGUGAAAUAAUACAUGACCUAAAAUGCGCCAUUUGAACCACUGUUGGGCGUGCAGUGCCAUGGCAUGAAGUAUGUUCACAGUGCUGUGCAGCCAUCGCCACCUUCCAUCUCCAGAACUGAGCCCUGCUCUUCCCUCUCCGCCCCUGGCAGCUGCCAUUCCGCUCUCUGUCUCUAUGGCUUUGAGGGCUCUAGGUACCUCAUAUUUAAGUAGAAUCCUACAGUGUUUAUCCAUUUGUGACCAGUGUAGAUCACUUGGCGUAAUGUCUUUCAGGUUCAGCCGUGCCAUAGCUUGUGGCAGGGUUUCCUUCCUUUUUAAGGCUGUGUGACAUCCAGUCCCACCUUGCUAAAGUAGUUUGUUCACCUGGUCACCAGGGUGACCCUGGAGCUCCCCUCUGGCCUCACUGCCUGUGCUUGGUCACCUUGGCUAGCUGUCCUCCCUUCUCCACCUCUGAGCCUGCAAGGGCUGCACUCCACAGAGGUCCCAAGUGCCAGCCCUGAGCGCAGCGCUUGGCUCUGCUGCAGUGGCCCGUCCCUGCGAAGGCUUGGCAGGCCCUCACUGAGCCUCCUCCCCUGCUCACUCCUCCUCUGCACUCUGCACUCUGCACCCCCACCCACACUGUGCCGCUUCACCAUCUGCCACCCUGGCCCGCGCCACUGUCCCUUCCUGUUCAGAUCAGUCAGCAGGGUGCCUCAGCUUGUUCCCCACCUCGACCCUGGCCCCCUGCCAUCUUUUCUGCACAUGGGCAUGACAACCUUUUCAAGUGAAAUUCACAUUCUCUCAUGUCUCAUCAGAAUCCCCAAAACCUCCCCAGUCUCUGAUAACAUAUCCAGGGUCUUUCAGUGGCCUGGAGGAGCUGUAAGAUCUGCUUCCUAAAGCCUCCACCCUGUCUGCUGCUCCUCUCCAAACACCGGACCCUACACACCCCUCCGGCAGUACAGCACCCAUCCUGCCCUUCAUCCCUUGCUUGGCCCAUAAGCCAGUCCUUCCAGGUUCCUGCCUCCUCUGGCCAUUCCCCACGCGGGCCUCUCGCAGGAAGCAGUUUUCCUGUGUCCGCCCCCACCCCCUGCAGGAGAUAAGCUGCGGAGAGAAGCAUUGUGUCACCUAGCACCUCGCCUCACACGGAGCAGGUGCCCAGCAGAUAUGUAUUGUGUGGAGGACUCUCUCCCUGUGGCCAUUUAUCUGUUUGUUCCCAUGGGGUUUGCCAUGUUUGGCUGCAGUUCAUGUCACUCGAGGACAUUCCUUCCCUGUGCCGUUGGCUUUGCGACUCUGGCUCUGUCACAACUCCAGCUGUGCUAUCAUUGGUCCACAUCGUCCCCUCCUCUGUUUCCUGUGACUCCCGUGGGAAGAUCCUGUCUCUAUUCCUCUUUUCUCUCCUGCAUCCAGUGCAGCACUGGGGCAAAGCAAGGGGAUGGGGAACUGGCGGGUGGCCUCUCCUGGGCAGGCAACCAUGGCACCCAGGCCUCUUGCAGUCUCCAAGGCACCAUGAAUGCCAUCGUGGCUCUCUGCCACUUCUGUGAGCUCCACGGCCCCCGCACUCUCUUCUGCACAGAGGUCCUGCACGCCCCACUUCCCCAAGGGGCUGGGAAUGAGGACAGUCCUGGCCAGGGCGAGCAGGCGGAAGAAGAGGAAGGUGGCAUUCAGAUGAGCAGUCGGAUGCGUGCACACAGCCCCGCAGAGGGGGCCAGCGUUGACUCCAGCAGCCCAGGGCCCAAAAAGUCGGACAUGUGCGAGGGCUGCCGGUCACUUGCUGCAGGGCACCCGGGGUAUAUCAGCCACGAUAAAGAGACCUCCAUUAAAUACGUCAGCCACCAGCACCCCAGCCACCCCCAGCUCUUCAGCAUUGUCCGCCAGGCCUGUGUCCGGAGCCUGAGCUGUGAGGUCUGCCCUGGCCGCGAAGGCCCUAUCUUCUUCGGAGAUGAGCAGCACGGCUUUGUGUUCAGCCACACCUUCUUCAUUAAGGACAGCCUGGCCAGGGGCUUCCAGCGCUGGUACAGCAUCAUCACCAUCAUGAUGGACCGGAUCUACCUCAUCAACUCCUGGCCCUUCCUGCUGGGGAAGGUCCGGGGAAUCAUCGAUGAGCUCCAGGGCAAGGCACUCAAGGUGUUUGAGGCAGAGCAGUUUGGAUGCCCACAGCGUGCUCAGAGGAUGAACACAGCCUUCACGCCAUUCCUACACCAGAGGAACGGCAAUGCCGCCCGCUCACUGACAUCGCUGACAAGUGAUGACAACUUGUGGGCGUGCCUGCACACCUCAUUUGCCUGGCUCCUGAAGGCGUGUGGCAGCCGGCUGACCGAGAAGCUCCUGGAAGGUGCUCCGACCGAGGACACCUUGGUCCAGAUGGAGAAGCUCGCUGAUUUAGAAGAGGAAUCAGAAAGCUGGGACAACUCUGAGGCUGAAGAGGAAGAGAAAGCCCCUGUGUUGACGGAGGGUAUAGAAGGGCGGGAGUUGACCCAGGGCCCAGCAGAGUCCUCCUCUCUCUCAGGCUGUGGGAGCUGGCAGCCCCGGAAGCUACCAGUCUUCAAGUCCCUCCGGCACAUGAGGCAGGUCCUGGGUGCCCCGUCUUUCCGCAUGCUGGCCUGGCACGUUCUCAUGGGGAACCAGGUGAUCUGGAAAAGCGGAGACGUGGACCUCGUCCAGUCAGCUUUUGAAGUGCUUCGGACUAUGCUGCCCGUGGGCUGCGUCCGCAUCAUCCCGUACAGCAGCCAGUACGAGGAGGCCUAUCGGUGCAACUUCCUGGGGCUCAGCCCGCAUGUGCAGAUCCCCCCACACGUGCUCUCCUCAGAGUUUGCCGUCAUCGUGGAGGUCCAUGCAGCCGCACGUUCCACCCUCCACCCUGUGGGGUGUGAGGAUGACCAAUCUCUCAGCAAGUACGAGUUUGUGGUGACCAGCGGGAGCCCUGUAGCUGCAGACCGAGUCGGCCCCACCAUCCUGAAUAAGAUUGAAGCGGCUCUGACCAACCAAAACCUGUCUGUGGAUGUGGUAGACCAGUGCCUCGUGUGCCUCAAGGAGGAGUGGAUGAACAAAGUGAAGGUGCUUUUUAAGUUCACCAAGGUGGACAGUCGACCCAAAGAGGACACACAGAAGCUGCUGAGCAUCCUGGGUGCGUCCGAGGAGGACAACGUCAAGCUGCUGAAGUUCUGGAUGACUGGCCUGAGCAAGACCUACAAGUCACACCUCAUGUCCACGGUCCGCAGCCCCACAGCUUUGGAGUCUCGGAACUGACCCGCCCCACACACCUGCCCGAAGACGGGGAUGGCUGUCCGCAGACUCCUCCAGCCCCGCGAGAGGAACUGUCCCUUGAGUUUCUGAACUGCUAGGAGGAGCUGUGUCCCAGCAAGGAAGGGAAACCGUCGGGGCUUGGCUCUGCCCUCUGUCAGGUUUGGGGCCUGUGUGCUUCCCACACCCUCCCUCAAGCCGUUGGAAUCGCUGAAGAUGGCAAUGAAAGGCGGAGGGAUGGUGGACUCUGUGUUCAAACCCCUUGGAGAGAUGCUUAGGAGGACAGCUUGUCUCUCAGGCACCUUGUGGACUUAGAUCUCAAAACCCACAGGAGAAACGGGUCCAACUCGGCAUGCAGUCGCAAUAACAUAUCCCCUCCCGAGGUUAACAUUCAAGCGUUUCUAUUUUGAAAUUCAGCAAGAGUUUCUGGGCCUCAUGUUUGAGUGUACAUUUUGCUGCGUUGUGAAUAUUCAGUACAUUGCCAGCUCUUGGUCACUGAGUGAUUGAGUUAGGGCUCCGCAAGAGACUUUGGGGAGUGAAGUGGACCUGUUCCUCAUCUUCUGGUCCUCUGAAAUGUGUGUUCUGAAGCCAUGGGGCUGUUCUUCUGGGGUGUUCUCCUGCAGGUACUGGUGAAGCUAACUUGGGGCUUAACAAUGGAGCCCCUGAUCAUUUUUGCUCAACAUAGGUUGCUGAGGGAGUCAAGAGCAAGCAUCUGACUUGCCCAGUCCCCUGGAUAUGGUGAGGCCCACCAUGCUUUUAUUCUGUAUCGCUUAUGUCUUUAUUGUGGCUUUCAACAUUUACAUUUGGCUACAGAUAACUAUUUUCAGAGGGUGGUGAUUGAAGACAAUUUCAUCAUCCCACUGUACUUUUUUGUUUUUGAGACGGAGUUUCACUCUUAUUGCCCAGGCUGGAGUGCAAUGGCACAAUCUUGGCUCACUGCAACCUCCGCCUCCUGGGUUCAAGCAAUUCUGCCUCCGCCUCCAGAGUAGCUGGGAUUACAGGUACCCACCAACAUGCCCAGCUAAUUUUUAUAUUUUUAGUAGAGACAGGGUUUCACCAUGUUGGCCAGGCUGGUCUCAAACUCCUGACCUCAAGUGAUCCACCCACCUCAGCCUCCCAAAGUGCUGGGAUUACAGGCGUGAGCCCCCGUGCCUGGCCCUUUUUUUUUUUUUUUUUUUUUUUUAAAGAGAUGGUAUCUUGCUGUAUCAUCCAGGCUGGUCUUGAACUCCUGAGUUCAAGCAGUGCUGCUUUAACCUACAGCUAUAGGUACCCCAACUAUACAUUUUUAAUGAGGAUUCAUGGCUCAGAGGGAUUUUCUGGUGGUUUUGCUGAUUUGUUUCUAGUUUUUUGUGUUUAUAUUUAACAUGACCAAGUUUAUAUAACUAGGUAUCUGUAUAACGCAACAACAUUGGAACACAAUAAAGAUGUAUUUUUGUAAA